AUGGACUCUCCUAUUAUUCAUUCCGCUUACGACCCAUCUGGUCAAUAUUUGUGCUAUGUCACCGUAGCUUUGGACAAGCAGCGUGUUGGUGUACAGCCGACCCAAAGGGCUACUUCGUCCGGGAUUGACAGUGUAUGGAAUGAGAAUUUUCUGUAUUUGGACGACUCAAAAUUGAAAAUAACGUGCUUGAAAUGGGUAACUUUAGCUUCUUCGGACGCGGUAACUAUCAUAUUGGGUAUGAAUAACGGUGAAAUUUGGCUGUAUUCCGUAUUGGCCAACGAGGUCACUUACAAAUUCACUACGGGGAAUGCGUACGAGAUCAAGGAUUUGGAUUUGAUGAGCGAACAGCUGUGGUGUAUUGACUCCAACGACACUUUUUACCAGUACGAUCUUCUGCAAUUCAAACUCUUACAGCAUUUUAAAAUUAACGAAUGUGUUCAAUUGAGUAAAUUAUCCAUUGUUCCUGCACGCAAUUCGGCAGCACAACUUUUGGUGGCAUCUCACUCCAUUUUCUUGGUCGAUAUUGAAUCUAAAAAGGUUGUGAUGACAUUUCCAGGUCAUGUAUCCCCCGUUUCCGAGUUGCAAAUCAUAACUAAUGAUUAUUUCAUAUCAGGUGCACAGAACGAUAGAUUCUUGAACGUAUAUGACAUUCAUUCCGGUUCGACCAAGUGUGUCCUCGUGGCUGAAUCGGAUAUCAAAGAAUUGUCUCAUUCAGGUCGGGCGGAUUCCAUUGUGGUCACCACUGAAGAUGGUAAUCUAGAAAUUUUCGUUGACCCAUUGAUUUCGAAUGUAACAAAAAAAAGAGGCAACAAGUCCAAAAAAUCUACAAAGAAAAUUCAAAUCGUCAGUAAAGAUGGCAAAAAAGUCCCAAUUUACAAUGCCUUCAUUAAUAAAGACCUGUUGAACGUGUCGUGGCUACAGAAUGCCACAAUGCCUUAUUUCAAGAACUUGCAAUGGAAAGAAUUGUCCAAUGAAUAUACCGUUGAAAUUUCCCUAAGUUCGAAUUUCAAGAAUAAAUCCGCGGACCGUGAUUUACAUGGUAAAGAUCUUGCUUCAGCGACAAAUUAUGUGGAAGGUAAUGCUAGAGUAACUUCUGGAGAUAACUUCAAGCAUGUUAAUGAUGCCAUAAAGAGUUGGGAAAGAGAAUUAACUUCUUUGGAACAGGAACAAGGCAAAACUGCACAGGCAGACGAACUAUUAACAGAAACCUUCGGCGACAAACUAGAAUCGGGCACCAUUGCAAGGCUCAACGGGAAAAAGAACAAUUUGAAGAAUUCCAACCUAAAAACUGCCGCCACAACAGGAACGGUAACAGUCAUUUUGUCACAAGCAUUACAAUCGAACGAUCAUUCGCUAUUGGAAACAGUGCUCAAUAACCGUGAUGAAAGAGUCAUCAGAGACACUAUUUUCCGUCUGAAACCAGCCUUGGCUGUCAUCCUCUUGGAAAGGUUGGCCGAGAGGAUUGCAAGACAAACUCAUCGUCAAGGCCCACUGAACGUUUGGGUCAAGUGGUGCUUGAUCAUACAUGGCGGCUAUUUGGUUUCCAUUCCAAACUUGAUGUCCACCCUGUCCUCACUGCAUUCCACUUUGAAAAGGCGUUCUGAUCUAUUACCAAGACUGCUAGCAAUGGACGCUAGAUUAGAUUGCACCGUAAAUAAGUUCAAGACCUUAAAUUACGAAGCAAAUGACGUAUACUCAUCAGAAACAGUUGUCGAAGAAGAUGAGGACGAUGUCGAAUAUAAUGAAGAAAUCGACGAUGCUGGUCUUAUAGAAGAUGGCGAAGAAUCUUAUGAAAGUGAAGAAGAAAGCGAUAGUGGUCAUGAAGAGGAGGGAAAGUAUAUGUCAUCUAAGCAAGAUGGGCGCGUAGAAGAAGAGCAAGGCGGUCAUGACGAGGAGGAAGCCGGUUACAGUGAUGUUGAAAUGGAAUAG